AACACGUAGGCAGAUAACACUUUCCCAUACUUCCAUGUCGCUGGUCGAGUUGCACGUCGAGCUGCCCGCCUACGCUCACUCAUUCACGGUCAAUGUCGACAGCGGGUCCACAAUACUGGCGGUCAAAGAGCAGAUUCAGACAGUUUGUGCAGGCCGACCUCGUGUUGAUGGACAGAGACUCAUUUGGCGAGGUCGAGCGUUAGCAGAUCAUGAGAAGCUGGAUUCAAUUUGGACCUCCCCUGACGAAUCACGGAUUGUUCAUUUAGCGGUUCAUCCUACCGCUUGGUCGGAAUCACCGCCACAGGUUCCAAGAACUGAAUCUUCAAUUUCCUCUGCUUCGCUCGCAUCGUCUUCAAUUGACCGGCUUCUUGACUCACUUUCCCAGACGCAAUCGCGGACUGUUCCUUCGCUGUCGUCGUCGCUCGGUUACGUGAUCUUCCAGCAUCGCAAUGCCCUCCUCGCUCUCAUGCAGUGUGAUAUUGUUCGAAUGUCGCAUCCAACUACACCGAGGAGGGAGGCCAUGAGAUAUCUUGCUAGUCAAGGCUGGUCGUGGCCAGCUAUCUUCGACAAAGACUAUCCUCCUCGUACGCCUGGUGGCGUGAGGUACAAGCCAGUUGUACGAGAAGGUAAGAAUUAUCUGAGCUUGGAGGAUCCAUCACAGGCCCCUACCGCAAUGCAGCAGCAUGCGCUACAGGUUUUGUCUUAUACGCUAUCCAUUCUAAAAUCAGAUGCAAUUCCUGCACCAACUCGUACUGUUUCUCAGACAACGCCGCAGGAUGCUAUCCCUCCCCAAGUUACUGCACUCCUGCAGCAACUUGGGCUUCCGCAUGGUACUAUUCAGAAUCCUCAGAACGUCGUCUUAAAUGACGUUCCUGUGGGUAACCAGAUCCCGGCGCCCCCAGAACUUCCCCAACUCCAAAUACGCCCGUUUCUACUGCCUCUCACAUUCCUUUUACUGCGAACACUGUUAUUGCUUUAUUUCUUUGCGCCUGCACGGAAGCCAUUCAUUGGCAUCCUGAUAAUGGGAUGGGCCUUGUAUGAAAUAUGGACUCGCCAUGGUUUUAACAGAUGGAUUGGUCCUGCAGCUGAAGAUCAACGGCAACCCGCGGCUGGAGACGUAGCACCUAAUGAUAACCGGGAUAACCGGGCAAAUCGUCCAGCUGCGGCGGCCGAUGCCCCAGGUGCUGCUGCUGCUGAGCUCGGAGGAGUGGACGGAGCACAAGCGCCUUCUAUGGGAGUACUGGAUACCUUUGCCAACUUCAACAUACCCAACGAGGAACGGGGACUUGAGGGAACAGCAACAGAGCCGCCCACGUUUGGUCAGAAAUGCAUGGCAUUCGCGAUGUUGCUGGUGACGACAGUUCAUCCCGCAGUUUGGGAUCGACGAAGAGCUGUCCUACGCCGACGAGAAGGGCGAAUACGGACGGAAGCCAAUGCAAUGGAGGUCCGUGGCGAUGGCGAAGACACGGAAGAGAAUCGGCGCAGAGAGCGACGACGCGAAGAACUCGCUGCUCAACAUGCACGCCGACCUGGAUGGGUACAGCAGUAUGUUCGACGCGUCGUUGCAAACGAAUGGGUGGACGAUGAUUAGUAGUGUCGGCAGCGGAAGAAUUUUGUAUGAUAGAGUGAGUGGAUGGGUCACUAAGCUCUCAAGCAAUAGACAAAGCCCCCCCAAUUGCAAACAUACCAUAUCAGCGGGGGUUUGUGACUGCGUACUUAAAGAGUUUGUAUUUGUCUCCACACGAGUAUUGGAAAUGAAGGUAUAAUUUGUAUACGAUCU